ACUGUGGCUGGGAAAGCCGUGCUGUUUCAGGCUCUUUCCCAGAAGUUCAGCGAAGAAGCUCUAAUGUUGCUGUUUCUUCCUUUCCAAGUGAAGUGGUUUCCCUGGCAAUGGACUGCCUCUCUCUGAGUAUCCACCUCCGUGAGACACUCCAGAUCUAGUCUGUGUACCCAGCUAGGAAGCACGUUGUAAAAAUGACCGAAGAGCCCAUCAAGGAGAUCCUGGGAGCCCCAAAGGCUCCCGUGCCAGUGACAAUGGAGAAGGGCCCCAAGAGCGAAGUUGUGGUCACCACAGUCCCCCUGGUCAGUGAGAUUCAGCUGAUGGCGGCCACAGGGGGUGCUGAGCUCUCCUGCUACCGCUGCAUUAUCCCCUUCGCGGUGGUUGUCUUCAUCGCCGGGAUCGUGGUCACCGCCGUGGCUUACAGUUUCAAUUCCCACGGCUCCAUCAUCUCCAUCUUUGGCCUGGUUGUUCUGUCAUCUGGACUUUUAUUGUUAGCCUCCAGCGCCUUGUGCUGGAAGGUGAGACAAAGGAGCAAGAAAGCCAAGAGACGGGAGAGUCAGACAGCUCUCGUGGCCAAUCAAAGAAGCUUGUUUGCUUAAGACUGAGUGGGACCAAAUGGGCCAUAUGGCCCCAUGACACACCCGCUCCAACUUUGUCAGCCAAUUCACCCCAAACCAUUGUAAGAGAGAAUGACCUUGGAGUUGGAGCGUGGAAGAAUGGGGGUGGGUGGGAGUAGAGGGGCUUCUCCUCGUGUCUUUCUUUAGUGACAAACUUAACUCUAAGGGCUAUGACUAAGACUGAAAAAAUCCACUUUCUCUUUAUAUUAAACAAUUUGGGGCUUUACAUUAAAUUUUUCUCUUUACCUUAAACAAUUUGGGGUUACUGGGAGGUGUACAACAUUAGACGACAUUUGGUUCAUCCUGGAAAGUAGCCAAGAAAAGAUGAGAAAAUAACAAGAUAGACCUGGCAUACCAGGCACCUGCCUCCAAAAGAAAGAAUUCACACUUUUAAGAAGUCUUAUAAAAACGUUCUACCAGAUGUCUAAAUUGCCUUGGACUUCAUACUUCUAUGAAAUUCUGUGAUAAUUUUUGUCAGUAAGUUGAUUCUCUGGCAUCUGUUUUUACUUUUCACUUUCAGUAAUUCAUCACUGGUGGUACUUUAUCUCAAAGAAUAAACUAAUAUUUUUAUGUUUUAACAGUUUUAGCUGAUUAUCUGUCAGAAGUAAAAAAAACAACAACUAAAAGGUAGUUAGCAGAUGAUGUUGGGUGUUAAAUUAAUAGUAAGAUAAUCUAAUAUAACACUUUUGAUGAUUUUUAUAUAAAAGUUAAAUGCACAUUUCAUUCAAAAUAAUAAAUACUCAUUGCUGCUGUAACUUC